GCACAGGAUGACAACUGGAUGACGUCAGGGAAUUUUGCGGUGGUGCAGUUUUUCCGGCAGAAACCGGCGUGAAUGUGUGAUCUGUCGAACUGAUGCAAAUCAUCAUCGAUAAGAAACAGAUUUUCACCAGGGAUGCACAGCGCCCAGCGCGCAGGUUCCUGAUGAGCAACAGUGAACCGACAUUUUAUGCGGAAACUUGGGUAAUAUUGGUGGUCAGCGUUGACAAGGGGUUCCUUAUGGAUAGAACGACAAUGUUGACGUUCAUAUGGAUUCUGGAGGUCAUUUUGAUGUGUUCGUUAUUAUUACGGGUGUCGGCGGAGUCUGACGGCGCCGCGACGCAGUUUCGUAUCAAAGUGAAGCUGGUGCAGUUCAGCAAUCCCGACGGUAUUCUUUACAACCGGAAACGCUGCGAUGUCGUGACACCGUGCGACCCCCACUAUCUUCGCUUACGUAGAUCUGUGCUAGAAAAUCCGAGCGCUCGCCGACUAGAUUUUCAGCAGGAUUUACACAACUUUCAGAAGAUCCGGAGUCUGUGGGACAAGAAUAUCAUUGACUUGAAUGAAACAGUUCUCAAGGAUAUUUCCGUCCGGUCAAACGAUACGCAGACCGCGACGGUGCGUGUAAAGGUCCCGGAUUACGACCACACCAGCCAUUUCGAUCCCAUUGAUAAUUUCGAAUGCAAGAUCAGUUUCUCUGCAUCAUCGGUUUCUGAUCAGUGGUCGGAUGUUGUAACGUGUCAGGGAAUUAAUCAGCCCGAUAAAAUCAGUCGCACGCUGCAGUUAUGUGCAAUUUCCAGUUGGUGUCAGGUUAACUGACAAAGAAAGUAGGUAUUUGUGGCGACAUACUGUAAGAUGCAGUAUCGUAACUGACUAUGUUUAAUGGUUUACCGUAUUUUCAGUAUUAAAUUCCACUGGAGGACCGCACUGGCGCCAAAAACCAAACGCUGACCGAUAUUUUUGUUAUUUUUAUUUACUUAUGAGUUUUUAUUAUAAUUUAAUUAUUAUUGGCUUAUCUAUGUUUGUGUGAUAUAUCAGUUACUCGUACUAUUGGCUAUUUGGCGUAUUGUUUUUGUGUGAAUCGAUCCGUAUUAAAUCGAGCUCGUACCAUGCGACUGUAUUUUGCAUGUUUUUCGCUUGCUGCAUUGACCUUCGUUUUGAGUCGAAUUGGAUAUAUAAGUGUUUGCCUCAUUUAUCAACUUCAGAUAGUGGAAGGUUUUUUUGACCCGUUUUACUGAGUGCUCGUAAAUACCGUAAUAUAUGCAUUAACGACAUUAUUUCCUUUUAAUUCCCAGGUAUUUUGGAGGGAUGGAUGGAAGGGUGGAAAGCAGACCACUGGCUGGAUAUCCAUAAUCAGCCUGUUGCUUAUGCGGAGGAUCUCAUAGAACUGGAUAAAAUUAUGGAGCGUUUCGGUGGCGAGCGGAUUC